AUGCAGUCUUGCCUUCGACCGCGAGCUCUUUCUUGCCAAGAGCCUUGGGACUCAACCGUUGCGAGUCCGAUCAAGGCAACCAGCAGCAGAAGCAGAUGUGCUGUGUCGGUAUGCUGGCUUGCCAUGGUUAGCGCUGGCUCCGGCAGGCCAUGCAGCACGGCAUUGUAUGGUCCACUUCCAGGAACAGCCCAGCGCACCUUGAGGAGCACUAGGAGCACCAGGCUUUCAGCCCGCUUGCCUGCUCCUCCGCAGUCCUUGACUGGUCACGGCCUAUUCGGGGGCCUGCGGCGGCAAGAAGCAUCUCGGGUACUGCGGCAUGGGGUGCCCGAAGUCGCAAUUCUCGGCGGCGUCGCCCUGGUCGGUGCCUUGACCCGGCCGCGAAGCGCGCCCGGUCCAUCAGCGCGCUUGGUGCAGGAAACCGAACGGCUUCGUGCAGAGCUGGAGGCAGCCAGAAAGGAGGACCUGGAAGGUAAGGGUGGAAGGACUCGUUCAAGACUGCAAAAGGCCCUUCGGCGUCUCUCCAAUGUAGAGGCAGAGCUCGAGGCGGCCACAGAUGAUCAAGAUCAAUAUCCAGUACCGGGCUACUUGGAGGAGGCGGCCAACAGUGGCAAAAUUAUGCUUGCCAUCACUGGGGCGUCUGGUGUUGGCAAGUCAUCCUUGGUUAAUGCAUUCCGGAGGCUCCGGGACACCGAUGCAAACGCAGCAGCGACUGGAGUCAAAGAGACUACGAUGGAGCCAACCAUGUACAGUUUUUCGGCCAGUGAAGGCAUUUUCAACCAACGAUUUUACCGUCAGCUUGGAGAUGGUGAAGAGUUGAACGCCGGUGUGCGCGUGGUGCUUGGGCAAGUUCCUGGUCAGACCGAGGGAUCGUGUGCCGAAGUUCUGAAAGCUAGCGAUGAGAAGCAGACAGUUCAGGUGCGCCUUGAUGAAGGCCCGGUCCUGGAUGUCGAUGUGAAGCACGUGGUUGGCACCGCCCUGGAUGUUGUGAUUUGGGAUCUUCCUGGAGUUGGCACGCCGAACUUUCCCCAGACCAUUGAGUGGUCGAACGGUCGCUUGUUAAACCAGACCUUGAACUCCUUGCAAUCGGGAGACACACUGCUCAUCCCUAAGAAGUCUUUUCACCUCAUGGGAGGCAUCCUUGCCGGAGCUUUGCAGAAUGUGGUCAUCCAAAUCGAUGGGUCUCUUAUCUUCUCUGCAAGGAAAAAGGAUUGGCCAAGACAUGCGGGUGGAGGGGUGUUGAGCUGCCUCCGUUUUGAGAAUGUUGUAAACUUGACCCUGACAUCAUCUGGCAAAGGCACUUUGGAUGGCCAGGGCAAAGCGUGGUGGGGCUAUUUUGAAUAUUUGAAGAUUCAAGAGAACCGCCCCCGACUUCUCGAGAUGUCGCAGCUUCAAGGCGUUCUGGUGGAGCGCCUGCUGCUGACCAAUGCACCCUAUUGGACCACGUGGUUUAGCGGAGUCGACGGUUUGGAGAUUCGAUAUUCCGACAUUUUGAACAGGAGAUCAGCAUACAAAGGCCACGGGCUCUUCGACCUGGGAGCCUUCAAUACCGACGGCUGGGAUGUGUCUGGAAAGAACAUCUGGAUCCACCACAGCAAAGUUUGGAAUCAGGACGACUGCUUCGCCGUGAAAGGAUCCUCUAGUAAUGUUCUCAUCGAGAACGUGGAGGCGAGUGGUUUGGGCUUGACAAUUGGCUCCGAGGGGGGUAACGACAGAGUCAAGAACGUCACAUUUAGAAACGUCUACAUGGACAGGACUUUCAAAGGCAUCUACAUGAAGUUCCGUGAUAUUGCCGAGGGUGAGGUCGGCCUCAUUGAGGACGUAACCUAUGAGAACAUUUACAUCAAAGAGCCGGAGCAAUGGGGCAUUUGGAUCGGCCCUGCGCAGCAAUCCGACUCCCGACGCUUCUGGCAGGGCCAUCCCUGCUCAUUGCUCUGGCCCAACAUCCCCGGAGCCACCUGUAAGGCGGCCGAGAGGGGGAUCUAUAGGAACAUCCUUCUAAAGAAUGUCACCAUCGAGAAUCCCAAGCUUCAGCCUGGAGUCAUCCUGUCGAGCCCUGACUAUCCCAUCCAGAACAUCAGCUUCGACUCUGUGAGGGUAGUCAACUGGAGGGGAAGGAAGGAAAAGCUUCAAUACAAGCUUUGCGAAGGCGUGAAUACUUCUCUUGCACGCGUUCUCGGAGCCACCUACCUCAGACGCAUGGGGAUUCGCUACUUUGAUGUGGUCCUGUUGAUAACUUCUUCGCGGUUCACUGAAGCUGAGCUCAUGCUUGCGGAAGAGCUUCAGAAGUUCGAGGUGCCCUACUUUAUGGUUAGGAACAAGGUGGACAUCGACAUUGCAUCCGAGAUCCUCCGUGAAGAGGAAGCGCUGGAAGGAGACGAUGGAGACGAGUGUGAGUUGCCGAAAGAAGAUCGCGAGAGAGUCGAGCAGCAAACCGUCAAUUGCAUCAAGACUUACUUUGCCUCCGAGUACAGCGUGGAUCGCGUCUAUUGUGUUUCAUCCAGGAGAAAACUCCGCAGCAACCAUGAUUUUCCCAGCUUGGAAGUCGACAUCUUGGAGGCCAUCAGAAAGCAGCGGUCGUAA